UCUGAGUGUGUGUGUGUCAGACUUUGCCCGACACGCACAAGUGUUUCGAGAUCGAUUACAUGGGCGAGAGGCAGGGAAUCUGCACACACGACACAGGAAGCGUACAAAAACACACGCACACACAAACACACACACAAAUGCAUGUCUAAAGUGGACACAUCGAUGUGUGUGUGCUGGUCAUUCAUGUGUCAAUCAGCGCGACGCGUGGAUGGAUGCGCUGACUGAGGCGUGGGCGUGCGAAAACUAUGGCAUCGUCGCAAUUCUGUCGUCAGUCGACGCAGCCAAGACAGGCAACCAAUGCAGCCCAGCACACAUGACACACAGCGCAUGGCUGGCUGUGUGUGUGUCAGAGGAAGCCAAGUUGGAGAGCGCUGGUAACAAGACGGUUUCGGCCGCCAUUCCCGAGGAGACCAUCCAACACAAACAGCAAAAGGCAUCAUACUCCACUCCCACACGCCAACACACCACACAGAGAGAGACACGUAUCUCAUGCAUGUAUGUGUGCCUCUCUCUGUGUCUAUCUUGUCAGAGUGCGCUCAACGUGCGUGUGGAGGCUGACGAGGAGGGAAAACCCAAAGUGACCGUCGGGGCGCUGCCGACACACAAACCACAGCAACUUGCAGCAGCAGCAGCAGCCAUGGCAGUGCAAUGAGUCAGUGAGUGAGUCGGCAGCAACGAGCGACAAACAGAGACAGACAGACAGACACACUGAGUGGAUACGAUAAGUGAGUGUCUCCAUCGACGGGCCGGCGUCUCAUGAACAGCCGAACUCAGACAAAGAAAGUGCUUUGAUUUGUUCCAUCCAUCCAUAUGUUGGGUGGCCCAGGCCGAGGAGGCCCGCGAAUCUACAGCCCCCUUGCAUGCAGCAGAGUGGUCAGCUUGUCGACAGUUUGCUGGAUGGCCGCACCCAUGCUGACCACGAUCGGGGACAGCUUCCUCCACUCCUCCAUGGAAAUACUCCUAAAGCCCCCCUCUUUCUGGGCGUCGUCGUUGAGGACAAUGGCGAAUCCGCGGCUCUCCGUGUUGGUCGGGUGGAGCGUCGCUGCAGGACAGCAUGACGCCGACACACGAAUGAAGACCUCAUAUGUGUGUUGAUACAUGUAAGUGUUUGUUACCGUAGUCUGUCAGGAGUGUGUUCCAGAGGAUGUGUGCAAGCGUCAGCAGCGUCCCCGUCCAAUCAGUCAGGCCCUUUGUCAGAUCUGGCACCUUGUGAAGCGGCGUCUCACGCUUUACCUUGAACACGGGCAUGUCCUCGGCCUUCGGAGCGCUCUCCUUUUUGAACAGCCCAAACCACGUUGGGCCCUCCACCAAGUAGAUGUCAUCUCGUAGCCCGCCCCAGCUGGCUUUCAUGUGACCCACAAAGCGCGACAGUGCCUCUUUCAGUUUCUGCACUGGCACUCUGGGGUCGACAGACGUGGAUAUUGCCUCGAUGGACUUCUGUCGUGCUUUUGUGGUCUCGUCAGAGGCCAGCACCAUUUCCAUAGGAUCUGAUAAUCACACAACACCGAGACUGCCUCCACACGGUUCCUUCCUUCUCCUUCCCGCAUACGUACCCGUCUGUGAUGCUUUCUCUGUCGGCUCCAAUACGCUGAAGAGAACCUUCAUGACGGCCUUGAAUCUCCCCAUGACCUCGUAGGCCUCCAAAAUCGCCGCGGGUCGCUGGGCCGUGUAGCUGAGGAACAGCUUGUGCUCCCUCUUCUCUUUCGGGUCACUUUUCAUCUGGAGAGAAGAAGAUGGUACGAGACAAACAGACGCAUGGAUAUGGCGGAUGGAUUGCUGGGCUCACUUCUGUGAUCGCGAGGUCCUCAAGAAGUCGAUCGAUGACCAUACUGCCAGCCACUUUGCCGACGUGCCACUUCUUCUUCUUGGAGUGCUUGAGCUUACCCUGCGCUCAUGUAUGGUCGAAGCACUCGACGCAUUUCAAAUGAGCAGCUUCCCACUUCCCUUCGGGACGUUCUCACAUGUGCAAAGUUGCUCAGAGCCUUGAUCUGCGUGUAUGCACCCGCCACACACAGAGACACAGUUAUCGUGUGGGGGAAACAUCACAAAAUGGCUCGAGGUCUCCUGUUUGUCGGUUGGUGUAGCUUCUGCCAGAUGGUCUCCUCCAUCGCAUAGAUCUCGGCCGUGGUGGUCUCGUCCACGCUGCCCACGGUGAGCAACUCGUAACCAGCCUUCUUGAAGGCCUCUCUGUCCGUGGCACGCUCGUAUUGACUGUUGAUCUUCAUGUUCAUCGAGGUCUUGAAGCGGUCGAAGAACUGGAGGAGAGUUGAGUCGAAAUAUGCCUCAAGUAUCUGCUUCCACUCGGGGCUCGAUGGGUCCUUCGCCACCAACCUGUGACCCAGCUCUUGCCACAGGUUGUGCAGGCACGCCCAAAGGACGAAGAAGAAGAGACAUGGCUGCAGAGCCGCCGCUGGUGUUGGCUGGUUCUUUACCCUGCCGUACAGGACCAUGACGUCGAUCAGUUCGAGGGAUGCGUCUCUCUUGACCUCGGCGUAGGCGGCAUCUCCAUCCUUCCAGUACUCUAUCUCCCACAGAGUGUCCUGAAGGAAGAGGUCAUGUCUGUGGGACACUUGUUGUUACAAAAGACUCUUCCUGUACCAUCCAGAGUCUCUUGUUGAAGUACGUCGUCAUGGCUUUCCUCAGCCCCAUGAUGGUCUCCCGGUCAGAUCCGUCCCCCCACGCCACCGUGGCCACGGCUUUCAAAUUGAUCUUUUGCCUUUCGGCCUCCUUCUCCGUUACCGGCAGUUUCGAUUCGAUGGUGCACUCCAGCUGGCCCCGCAGCUUUGCCAGCCAGUCCGGCUUUGGCGCCGACGAAGAUGUCGCUCAGCAUCCCGACCAUCCCGCCCUUCUGCUUCUUCCCCUUCGUGUCGCACGAGAGUCCCUGGCCGGCAAGGGUGUGGUUGGCAAAGGCCCUCUUGACGGCCUCGUCAGCCACGAGCUCGAGGCCCUCGACAGCUUUCGCUUUGAGAGCCGUCUCCAUCCUGGCUCCCAGACCCUUGAAGUAGCCAGUGACCCAGUCGUGGACCCGUGUGUGGAAGGGGGCGGCCGCGGAAUGGAAGGCGGCAGCUUUGCCCAGGAGGUCGGCUGGUGGUUCAGGCGUCCCAUCGGGGACACCACUGGGUGGGGGAGACGCUUGGCGAGACACUGCCGCCUCACUGCCGCCUCUGCAAAGCUGGCAGUUGGCUCGGUUGCACUGCCAGACAGGUCAUGGGCGAUCGAUGGCUGAAAGGGCAGGAGGAUGCAGGCAAAGUGAAUGCAGGACGCUGGGAGGACGACUGCCGCCACAAACCUCGCCAUUUCCGCGGGUUCUCU